AUGAAAACUCUGCGGGAGCAGCGCUCCUCCACAUUCCUUUCUCUUCUUCCCCUUAUCACAUUCGUCAUUCUUCUUACCCUACCUUAUGUGUACGCACAAUCCUAUGACAACAAAUUUACAUAUACCGAAUCUAUUGAGGGGCUCACGGUGGCGGACGCCACAGCUGAAAUUGACGGGACCACACUAGUUCGCCUUCAAAAAGCUGCCAAUGAUUCCCAAUGUCCUUUUACGAAAGACAUAUACUUUCGAGUUAUAUUCCCUAAUAAUACUGUAAUCGGAUCCACGCCUACAAUUAACAUGAGCAGUUAUAAUUACUGCGCCAAUCUUACUAGCACGAGCAGAAUAUCAAUGAUCAGUUUAAUAGAGGGUUGGAUAUAUGUAACGUACCUAGAGGACGUUGGACUUGCUCAAUUUCAACAAUACGGAGUCCCUAUCGCGUAUAAUGGGACGUUGGGCGAGACCAAGUUGUUGCUGAAUUACGACGAUGGCAUUCCCGGUGAUCUUUACAGAAGUAUGAUUCCUGAGGCUGGAUUCUUAUUUGCCAAGAUACGACGCGACGGACCCGUAAUUUGGAGGCGAUAUUCGACAGUAACUGAAGAUGGAAAAAUCUACGCUUUAGGUGAUGGUAACUUCACUGCCAAUCUCAGGGAUGGAUCCCAAGUGUAUGGUAGCAACAUAUUUCGCACAGUCGACGGCGGAUAUGGUUGUGCCUUUGUUACAAGGAACUAUGAUGCAAAGAACAAAAAUGCCGAAACCAAUCUUCAAUGGGGUUUACAAGUUACGUUCCUCCAUCCAGAUACUAACACAGUCAGCAAGCCAAGCAUUAUAUGGACGAGCCCAGCAGGUGUAUCAGACGUUCAGCUCGGUUUUAACGCGUGUAAUAUAGCGUAUGACGGUAGCGGAUAUGUUUGCAUAUUACUAGUCACUAUGGGUCAAGCUCAAAUGUUGCAUCAAGUGAAUUUCUAUUCAACGGGAGCAUCUUAUGACAACUUUGCACUGACAUUUGAUCCCAAGAACGUUGUUGAAGCCGAUAGGAUAAGUCCAUUGUUCUACGGAGGUUACAUGAUAGUUAACUUUGUUGAUUCAGAUAUAGGUAGAGUCGCUAAAAAUGCAAUCGUGCUAAGUCCAAACGGUACGGUCACGAAAACUGUGACCUUCGUGAGCCAGACCUAUGUAGUAAAUGUUUAUGCAAGAAAUAAUACUGUUUGGCAUUGGAUGAAUGAUUCGCCACAGUCUUGGUCAAUCAUAUCAUACUACUUGCCCAAAUUCACAACUUAUGGCAUUGACUACCAGAAUCCAAACGUCGUAACAACAUCGCCUACCAUUGGCCAGGAAAUACCGUCCCGCCAGACCAGUAUAAGCAUCACAUACGACAUGCAAGUAAAACCAAACACCGGAAACGUCUCCAUAUACGCUACUGAUGGUGUCAACAAAUUUCUUCGUCAAACAUACUCGCCGGUCUAUUUCCAAUACUGGUCACUAGAUGAAAAAAAUCAAACAGUGACUCUGCAGGUGCUAAAUAGUACUUUUAAUCAACCCAACAUGACUUACUAUGUAGUUAUUGAGAAUGGGUUUGUAACCUCAAAAGACACUGGAGAGUCGAUUCUUGGUGUUGAUGGGCGAUGGAGAUUCCAUACAUCCUCGGUACAACCACAAGAUAUCUUUUCACCCGCCGCUACAGCAAUUAUCAGCUUAACUUCUUCGGGCAGUUCUCACUUUCUCGGACUUUCCAGCGCUGACCGUUCGAAUUUCCUCUCCUCUCUCAGCAACUCUCUUGCAUCUAUUGUCCCAGCCUCUCCAGGCCGACUAUCUAUUUCCAAGAAAUUCCAAAUCGAUUCUAAAACCGGUCAAGACCGGGUGCUACUAUCUCUUAACGUCUUUACGGCUACCAGUGACUCAGAAAUGGGCGUGGAUUCAAUACUAAAAGAUUUGGGCGUGCUUAUUAAGAAUAAGGCAAUUACAGCAGCUUCUCAUGUACCAGAGACUGUGCUCGUCGACGAAAAUUAUGGGGUCCAGGUCGAACCUAAUUUAUGGGAAGAGUAUAAAUUGAAUGUACUCAUUGCGGCAGCGGCAAUAUUUGUGAUAGGAUUACUUUAUCUUUUGGCAAGUCGUAUUAAUCCAGAGGCCCAAAAUAGUGCAAUUUUCACUCUCACGCUCGUUCUGUAUGACUUUGCCGUUGAUGUCGCUUUCAUUGUAUCGAAUGGAAAAGACGUACGGUCAUUGUACGUUCCAAGCAUUCUAAUCCUUGUAGCUACGAUUGUCUACAGUAUAUCUAUGGCUCUAUAUAUAAUGAUCUCGGAGAAUACACGUUCAUAUAAAUUCCAUGUCUGGACCCAAUCAUAUUCACAGGUUGCUGCUAUAUUCACGGUCAUCGCUGCAGCAGAUAUUGAAGUGUUGACCGUGCUAGGCAGCAAAGUGUGUAAAUCGCCAUUUUUCUCUGCGCCUUUCAGUGAACGAGCGCAUCAUGCGAUAUUUUGGGCGAGCACUGGUAGCUUCUUCAUUGAGGAUGUGCCACAGUUCAUUGUUCAGGUCAUUUAUCAGAACAAUACCAUCACAUAUAACAUAAUCCCACUCUUGUCUCUUGUCUCUGCAUCGGUUAUGCUCGUAAUCAACUUUAUUACUCGCUUUUACUACGGAAUCACUCUAGUGCGUGCCCAUAAGACUAAUAGUCACCUUGAAAGUGCAGACGAGUCAGCGUCUGUUUCAGACGAGAUGGACACGAAAGAGAUAACCGAUGAGACUCAUUUAUCCUCUCGCUAA